CGUUUUUUUUUUUUUUCACAACAGGACUGGAUGUGUAGAACGUCACAUGUUGUACCCCCUCCUCAGUCAGGACACUAGCAGACAUGUGUUAUUUAUUGCUCAGCUGUGGGAGAAGACGAACGCUCGCACAACCGGCUCUGGAAAUAGACGAUUAAAAUAAAGCGCGUUUCUUUAGCAACUCGAGGAGAGGAAGCAUUGGGUCUGAUAGCGAAGGACACGAGAAUGGCGAGUCCGCCAAACACGGGAGAUCCGACGUCUUUGCCUAGUAAUGCGAACAACAACAUCAAGAAGUGCGGAUAUCUAAAGAAGCAGAAACACGGACACAAGCGCUAUUUCGUUUUAAAAGAGCCGAGCGAAGGUUUACCUGCCCGGCUGGAGUACUACGAGAGCGAGAAGAAAUGGAAAAACAAAUCGGCCGCGAAGAGGGUUAUUCCUCUGGACUGCUGUCUCAACAUCAACAAGAGAGCGGACGCAAAAUACAAAUAUCUUAUUGCUCUUUAUACCAAGGACGAGUAUUUUGCCGUGGCGGCAGAAAACGAGCAGGAGCAGGAGGGCUGGUACCGGGUGCUGACGGAUUUAAUGGCAGAGGGGAAAGUAUACGACGGCUCAGCGUCCAACUCCGCGUCCUCGCUGGUUGGCUUCGACGAGGAGAGCUACGGUGUAAUAACGCCGGUUACCGCCGCCUACAAGGAGAUAUGGCAAGUGAAUCUGAAAUCCAAAGGCUUGGGACAAAGCAGACAUUUGAUCGGAGUGUACCGGCUCUGUCUCUCCAGCCGGACUAUCAGCUUUGUCAAGCUGAACUCGGAGGUUGCCUCCGUCAUUUUACAGCUGAUGAAUAUCCGGAGGUGCGGCCAUUCUGACAGCUUUUUCUUCAUAGAGGUUGGUCGAUCUGCAGCCACGGGUCCGGGGGAGUUUUGGAUGCAGGCGGACGACUCUGUGGUGGCGCAAAAUAUCCACGAAACUAUCUUGGAGGCGAUGAAAGCCAUGAAGGAGCUGUCGGAGUUCCGUCCGCGCAGCAAAAGCCAGUCCUCUGGUACAAACCCCAUAUCUGUCCCCACACGGAGGCACCUGAACAAUCUGCCCCCCAGCCAGACCGGGCUCCCCCGGCGGUCGCGCACUGACAGCAUGGCCAUGACCUCUCCUGUGAGCAAAUUUUCCUCCUGUCGAAUACGCACGGCCAGCGAGGGCGAUGGCACCAUGGCACGCCCCAUGUCAGUGACUGGCAGCCCCCUAAGCCCAGGGGUCCACAGGACCCUCCUGACCAGAUCUCACACCAUUUCAAUGCGCCCUUGUCGGACAUUUGAAUCUUCUUCCCUCCAGCACAGUAAGUCCAUGUCUAUGCCCCUGUCUCCGACCCCACCCAUAGCCACCCCUAGCCUGGGGAAUCUGUCCUCCUACCCAGACACCAGUGCUCCUCGCCCCUCCAGCUGCAGUGCCUCCUUCUCAGGCUCCCCCAGUGAUGCAGGUUUCAUAUCAUGUGAGGAGUAUGGCUCUAGCCCUGCAGACACACGGGACCCGAGAUUGCUGCUCACCCUACGCAGCAACACACCCGAGUCUCUCAAAGCUGACACCCCCCCCUCCCGGGACGGCAGUGAGCUUGAUGGCUACAUGUUGAUGGAGCGGCAGAAUGGUUACCGCCGCUUAGCGGAGCUGGACAAGGCUUACCGAAAGCGAACAUACUCGCUCACUACCCCCCGCCAGCAGAGAGGUCCCCCCCAAGUAUCUUCAGCCUCCCUGGAUGAGUACACUCUUAUGAGGGCCACUUACAACAGUGGAAGCCAGUCUUCUCGGAGGUGUCACACUGCCUCCCCUAAAGGUGUGCAUCCUGAGGAUUUCAGGGAUGUUCAGAUCAGUGUUAGCAGUCACCAAGGUGACAGUGGCUAUAUGCCCAUGAUGCCAGGUGUGACACCACAGACAUCAUGGUCCAAGCAUGGCCUCUAUAUGCCCAUGAGCCCCAUGUGUGUUUCCGCACCAAAGCAGAUCAUCAACCCCCGUUCACACUCUUCAGCGGGGCUGGCCCCACACACAGACUCCCCUGGGAGUGUUUCUCUGGAGGACAGCGGCUAUAUGCGGAUGUGGUGCGGAACCAAGAUGUCGGUGGAGAACACUGAUGGAAAGCUCACCAACGGAGAGUACCUGAACAUGUCUCCUGUUGACUCGCUGGUGUCUCCCACACCCUCAGACUACAUCCUCAGUCCUCCAGGCGGAGAUCCCCACCCCCAGCAACAUCACAAACAGCCUUAUUCUUACAGCUCUCUACCACACUCACUAAAAGGCCAGUUGCAGCGCAAUGGGUCCACAGACAAAGACCAGUAUGUGGUGAUGUGUUUACAAAGACAGCGGAUAGAAGAGGAGUCCAACUACUGUCCUGUCACUCCAGGAGACUCUGUGGCCAGCAGCUCUCCGGGGGCACCAAGCACCCAUUCCUCUGCCCUAUCUCCUCUCAGAGUGGCUCGGGUAGACGGAGGUCUGGGACACCGGAGUCGGGUGUGUCGGCCCACCCGCCUGGCUCUGGAAUCCCUCAGAACACUACCAUGUAUGAGCGAACACCCGCUUCCCUCAGAGCCACGCAGCCCUGGAGAGUACAUAAAGAUAGACUUUAGUAGUGCUACUCACAACCUGCUGGUGUCCACAGUGUCAGCGAGCUCUGAGUCUUCUGUGAGUUUAAUGUGUGCAGAGAAGGGAUUGCUUCCGCUCGCAGACUAUGCUAAUAUUGACAUCAGCUCCCCGGGUCACCUUGGCUCACACCAACCCAGGGGUUCCCCCACUGCAGGGUGCCUAAGCCAAACACCUGAAGUCUUGACUUGCCCUAGUCUGGUGAACGCCCAAGAAGAAGAGAAAAAAAGCACAGAGAGACAGGCAGAGAAGAGGGGGAUGGUAGAGGAAUAUCCUCUCCAACAGCAGGUGAGCCUGGUGUGUCAGCCUGCUCCAGUCAAGGAUGACUACACUGAGAUGACUUUCAGUCCACCUGCUCCUCUACCUGCUCUCUGCACCACUGAUGAUGUUCCCCUCCCCACCAGCCCCACUGCCUGUGUCCAGAGACUCAGCCUCGAGAGCAGCAUUGUGAAUGGGGUGCCCCCUGUGCAAGUGGACUCAUUUCUCCUGGGGGGUCCUUCGUUAACUCUCCCCCUUGUGGAUCCACACAGAGGGGCCAAAGUGAUCCGGGCUGACCCUCAGGGGCGGCGGCGGCACAGCUCUGAGACCUUCUCCUCCACCACCACUGUCACACCAGUGUGCCCAUCCUUUGCUCAUGACACCAAACGGCACAGCUCUGCCUCUGUGGAGAACGUAUCCCACACUGUUUGCAGCUCCGAGGGUUCUGACGAGGACUACGGUAGCAACAGCCCCAUGUGCAGGGAGAUGUCAGCUGGUUAUCAAAAUGGACUGAACUACAUUGCCUUAAACUUGAUGGAGGGAAACCUUGGCGGAUGCAGGUUAGGGGGCUGCGAUGGACUCCUGAGGUUCAAGACGACAGCCUGUGGCUGCAAGGGGGGCAUGAAUGGGUUCAACACCAGCCCCUACGCCAGCAUGGGAUUCAAGGAGACUGCCACUGCUGUGAAAGAAUGAAGGCUCCUCCCUCUUUUUCCUGUGAACGUAGGAUUUCACUGCAGCCUAGUGAUGAGGUCGCCCCAGGGACAGCUGGACCACGCGCUGCAGUCGAUGUCCUUUGACCUCUUUGCCGCCUUCGAUGGUCACGGGGACGGCCAUCACCACGGCAACACGGACACUUGACCCUUGCCCCAAAUCUUCCCUCCGCUUUUCUCGGCACCAAAACAUGCAGGUGCUAAUGCUGGUGUUGUACUAGAUUACUUAACAAAUAACAAGAACUUAAACCGACUAUUAACUCUAACCAUCGAUAGGUUACUAUUUAUCUCUGUGCAUAGGCCUGCAAAAUUGUUCUGCAGUAUAAUGUUGUUUUACUUCUUACUAUUGUUAUUAGUACCAUUCAUAUACUUUCAACUGGUCUCUUGGCUUCAGCCAGUAGUUGCCAGAUCCUCUCACCUGAAAACCUGUGAACCAAACCUGGAGAGCAAAGUGUGCACACACAUACACGCAAAAAACCUUUUCAUGCAUACAGAUUACAUAUAUUUAUUUAUUUAUUUAUCAUGUAUGUAUGCAUUUAAUGAAGUGUGUGUGUGUGUGUGUGUGUGUGUG